UUGACAGAUGGACAGUCAAAAUUAAUCCAUACCUACUGAUUAUAUGGAUUUUACGUGCUAUAAUUAACAACAUCGUGUUCAUAUAUCUAGAUUACACUUGUACAAAAUAACUUUUGAAUCUCAAAUGACGAAGAUUUGAAGAAUGCAGUUGUUUCAGUCGGACGAUCAUUAUAUUUUGCAUGAUGGAGAGUUUUCAUUGUGGUGCAGUCGUCAUUCUGGCACGCUUGAAGCUAAAAAAGGUGAUGAUAUUUGUCUGGCAUGGAAUCCGGUCUGCAUAGGACUUGUUUAUGGAGUAAUUGGAAAGAUAAAAAUUCAUCCAGAGGAUGACUGGAGAUUAAUUUUAAUAAAGCAGCGAUCAUCUGUUGGGAGUGUGCUGGAAGAUCAAGAGAUCUACAAAGUGAAUAAAAUUGCCAUUGUUCCACUCUCAGAUGCAGAGCCCCAAGAGCUGGAUUUAGAUCUUUGCAGUGUGCAUCAUUUUGGAAUAAGAAAACCAAAAACAAUAUCUCAGCCAUCAGCACAGCAGAAACAGAUUCAGAAUGCCUGGAAAUCUAUAAAAUCUGGAAUAGACAAUGUCAAACCUAAGAAGAAAGAUAUCAAAGAUAAAGAAAAGUUUGUGAGGAGAAUAACAGAGGAGCUGUUGAAGAUGUUCACAGAUUCUGACUCCUUUUACUAUAGUGAAACUUUUGAUCUGACCACCAGUUUACAGCGACAACACGGAAAGGAAUACCAGUCAAACAAACACCUCCCUCUCUGGCAGCAGGUUGACCCAAGGUUUUUCUGGAACAGGCACAUGCUUAGUGAUCUAAUUAAUGUUGAGGGGGAUCCAGAGGUUGAGAAGUUGUACACCCACUGGAUCAUCCCUGUAAUCCAGGGCUAUGUACAGAUGGAGAACUGUGUGUUGGAUUUUACUCAGUCCUCCACUUCCUCUCUAGAUCUCAGUCCGGAUUACGGAAACUCCAAACACCUGGAUCCUCUGGAGUAUCAACUCGGAAUCAUCUCGAGGAGAAGCAUCCAUAGAGCUGGUACGAGAACAAAGAUGAGGGGGUUGGAUGAAACAGGAGCAUGUGCCAAUUAUGUGGAGACAGAACAGAUUAUAAGGUUUUCACACCAUGUUGUAUCAUUCCUCCAAAUUCGUGGAUCCAUCCCCGUGUUUUGGAGUCAAUCAGGCUACAAGUACAGACCCCCUCCACGCCUAACAAAAGGUCAGAAGGAAACUCAUGAUGCUUUCUGCCAACAUCUGGAUGAACAACUUUCCUUACACAAUACUGUCUAUGUCAUCAACCUGGCUGAACUCACAGGCAAAGAGAAGGAACUCAGUGAUGCAUACGUCAAUCACAUCAUUGAGUAUAACUCACCUGACAUCACCUAUACCUCUUUUGAUUUCCAUGAGCAUUGUCGGGGUAUGAAGUUUGAGAAUGUCUCCAUUUUGACUGACGGGGUCACUGACAUGCUCAAGGUCAUGAGGUACUGCUGGUUGAACAAGGACAGUGCAAUAUGUGAACAGAGAGGGGUGUUCAGAGUCAACUGUGUAGACUGUCUAGAUAGAACAAAUGUCAGCCAGACUGCUAUAGCUAGAAUCGUCAUGGAAACACAAUUGAGGAAACUUGGUAUUCUGCCCCCAGAUGAGACUCUCCCCACAAACUGUAAGAGGAUUUUCCAGGUCCUCUGGGCCAACAAUGGUGAUGCCAUUAGUAGACAGUAUGCUGGAACAGCUGCUUUAAAGGGGGAUUAUACUAGGACAGGUGAAAGAAAAAUCACAGGCAUGAUGAAAGAUGGUGUUAAUUCUGCUAACAGAUACUAUCUACGGUUCCGUGACAGUUAUAGACAGGCCACCAUUGACCUGAUGCUCGGUCAGCUGGUCAUCACGGAUGCCAUGAUGCUGUCCUCAGACAAGCUGGACACCUCUGAGGGCGAGGAUGAGGAGGAGGACACUAAUGAACUAUUGGAGAAAGAGGAGAAUCUCAAGAUGCUGAUUGAGGAUGCCAAAAAAAUGUUGAUCAUUGAACCGGAACAGUGUAUGGGGGGCUGGAGUCUCAUCAAUGCAGACCCACAGACAGGAGAUGAGGACCGACUCGAUAUGGACAUUAUCCUGCUCCUCAGUCAGAGGUCGGUGUACGUGGCCUGGUACGAUGAUGAGGAGGAACAGAUCGUACAGUACCAGAGAAUCUUCCUGGAGGACAUCGUCAAAAUGGAGUUAGGUGCAGAGCCUUCCAUUUUUAAGUCAAAGUUUGUGUGUUUGAGAAUUCAUUACCAGCACUAUGCGGAAGAUGGCUUCUUCCAUACAUUCAGAAUACCUCGUACAAGACUCUUCAACAACAUGAUCAUCACUGUUAAAAAUACAGAAGAUGCUAGAGAAAAUCUUAAGGCAAUACACCAGGCUUUUGCUGCAGCCCAAGAAAUUUUGUCACUGAAACUUGAGCUGGAAACUAAAACCAAGUUGGAUAGGAAGAAAACAAAACCACAUCCAGACAUCCAGAACAUUUAUGUAGAACAACAGGAGAAAACUCUGAGUAACUUACAUGUACCACGAGAUGUUUCUGCUGGGGAAUUAACUAAACUAUCAGGGUCAAACACACCCAGGUCAAGGUCACUUAGAAAUAGUCCAAGGUCAGCUAGUCCAGUGAUGUCAUCACCAGUCAGCAGUCCUAGUCAGCAAAGGAAGAAUCUCUUUCCAAACUUCUCCAACAUCACAAAAAAUAUCAGCUCUGGGAUAAAGCUUCCUAAAUUUAAUCUGCCAAAACUAGACACAAGAACAGACGCCCAGGAGCAUGCUGGGAAGGCUGAGGAUAAAGUGGAACAUAAAAACAGGAGUGACAACUCUGGACGACUGUCUCGACUCAGCUCUCAUGGGAGUCGAGAUGACAGCGAGAUAGACAUGAAAGACAGAAGCUCUCGAGAUCUUGAUGACAUGGUUCUAGCUUCCUGUGGAAUUUUAGAGACUCACAAUAUCUUAAAUGCAGACCUUUCACAAGAACAAAAUAUCAACUCUGAACAAAAUGUUAACUCCGAUACUGAGGAUGAUCAGCCUGUUAAAGAAGGACCAGAUGAAGACAAUGCAGCAUUGAGAACAGAGUCUGAGAAAAUCAGUCAAAUUCCUAAAAUAAAAAUCAUAACUCCAAAUACCACCACAAGAAAAAUGCGGAGAAUUAUUGACGCCAUUGAACAGGAGCUGCAGGCCAAGGUUGGAGACAGGGAAUGUUUGACACAGUUUAUAUUCUUAUGAAAUUAGCUUGAUUUAAUUAGUCUAGACACUUCAAUAUAGUGGCAUUUAUGAAUCCAUGUACAUUUAAUAUCAUAUCAAGACUUUACACCAUUUUUUUUAAUUUAUUAAUAUUUUUUAGUUUUGUUUAUCUGUGAUACUA